ACGGGCUGGAGGGAGAUCGCUCUGGUGAAUCAGUGGGUGCGGGUGCGGCUGGCGGUACCGGAAAAGCAGGCAGCAUGCUCUCGGCCGUCGGGAGCCUCCUGCGCUUGGGCUCGGGGUGCGUGGUCCGCUGCGCCCCAGGGGCGUCUCCAGCAGCCGCUCGUCUGCGGGUAACCGCUCUCCAGCUCUGUGGUCUCCCUCGCUACUCCAGUGGUGAGACCCGCAGCGAUCCUGAUGCCCAAAGUCACGGGAAGGUUCACAGGGUCCUCGCCCAGCACAAGCCCACACAAUUCGACAAGAAAAUCCUGGUGUGGACCGGCCGUUUCAAAUCGAUAGAGGAGAUCCCGCCUCGGGUUCCGCCUGAAAUGAUAGAUGCUGCAAGAAACAAAGCCCGAGUGAAAGCUUGUUACAUAAUGAUAGGACUCACAAUUAUUGCCUGCUUUGCAGUGAUAGCAUCAGCCAAAAGGGCUGCAGAACGGCAUGAAUCCUUAACAAGUUGGAACCUGGCAAAGAAAGCGAAGUGGCGUGAAGAAGCUGCAUUGGCUGCACAGGAUAAAGCUAAAUGACAUUCUGACACAGCGUUCACUUGAAUACCAUCAUUAUUAUCAAAAACAAUAAAAGACAGGUCAAAUAGAACAUGUUAAAAAUAUGUCAUGGUUUUAUUUUUGCAGCAAGAAACAAAGUCUUUUUUAUUCAUAUUUUAAAGUAAAUUUUAUUGAAAAAAUAGUGCACAAAAAACUAUAUAUAGUUUGAUAAAAGUCUCAGAGAACACACUUGUAUAAUCACUGCCCAGGUCAAAAAGUAGAAUAUUAAUAGUUCCUCUGAAGGCUCUGUGCUCUUUCUGAAGUCAUCACUCCCAAAGGUAACAAUGAUUUUCACCACCAUACAUUGGUUUUGCCUGUUUUUGAACUUUAUAUAGAUGGAGUCACAAAGUAUACACCUUUGUGGAUUCUUAACAUUAUGUUGUGUUCAUACACAAAUAGUAUAUAGUUCAUUCCUGUUAUUUGCUUUAUACUCUUCAACUGUAUAAAUAUGCCAGUUUACCUGGAUACUUGGUCCAGCUUUUGGUUACCAGAGAAUGUUAAAAUGAUCACUUUGUGUCAUUAAAAUUAGCUUUAAACUAAACCAUUUAAGGACUCUCUAAAAUCAAAAUGUCAGUGAUCUUUAAACUCGUUUGAAUAACACUAAUUUAACUUUUUUUCUAAUAUUUUUAUUAGUUAUAGAUGGACACAAUGCCUUUAUUUUGUUUAUUUUUUAUGUGGUGCUGAGAAUCGAACCCAGUGCCUCACAAAUGCUAGGCAAGUGCUCUACCACUAAGCCACAACCUCAGCCCAUUAACUUUUUAAAUUAUAUAUAUCAUCCCUAUACUUUCUUAAUUUGGCAUCUACAUUUUAAAAUCGUGAAUAUAAAUUUUUAUCCUCACAAGGUACUUUUCUUAGAAAAUAUUUAGAAUGAAGGUCUUAAAUAUCCUAAAGGAAAAAAAAAAAAAACUAUAAAAAAUUCAAAAGGGCCUGGGGUUGUGGCUCAGUGGUAGAGUGCUCACCUGGCACGUGUGAGGCCAUGGGUUCGAUCCUCAGCACCACAUAAAAAUAAAUAAAAAUACAGGUAUUGUGUCCAACUGCAACUAAAAAGUAAAUAUUUAAACAAAUCCAAAGGGAAUAAAGAUUGAUAAUUAUAAAAUUAAGGGCAGAAACUAAUGAAAUAAGUUAAAGGUUACAGAAGAACAAUGUAACUAAAUCUGGCAAAUUAUUUAGAUACAAAAACCCCAUAAUAAUAUUAGAAAUGAAAUGAUAAAAGGGAUUAAAGCCCACUUUUCUUUAAAAAAAAAAAA